GCCAGCCAACUCUCAUAUAGAUGAUAUCAUUCCUUCCUUUGAACCAAAAAAAGGUCAUUAAUUUACUCGCCCCCAAUUGUUCAUUUACGAAACCCUAGUUUCAUAUUUAGUUUCUAGAGAAGAAGAAGAAGAAUCUUUGUAUGCUCUCCAAGCAUUCGAGACUUGGUAUAAAAUCCUCCUUUUUAGCUCACACUUCAAGAAAUCUAAGCAUCAUGAAAGAACAACUAUCCAGUGAUUACACCCUGAAAUCUUCAACCGAUGAAAGUCUCUCUUCGAAUGUCCAAUCGACGCCAGAAAUCGAAAAGAAGUAUGUUCAUCGCGUCUACGAUGCAAUCGCUCCUCAUUUCAGUUCAACCCGGUUCGCCAAAUGGCCAAAGGUCGCAACUUUCAUAAAUUCAUUAUCCCCAGGUUCUCUAAUCUUAGAUGCAGGCUGUGGCAAUGGUAAGUACUUGGGUUUGAAUCCAAAUUGUUACUUUAUUGGGUGUGAUAUAAGUGCUCCGUUAAUCAAUAUCUGUAGUGAUAGAGGAAACGAAGUGUUAGUUGCAGAUGCAGUAAAUUUACCUUACAGAACAGGUUAUGGUGAUGCAGCAAUCUCUAUUGCUGUUCUACAUCAUCUUAGUACUGAAAAUAGAAGGAAGAAAGCAAUUGAUGAGUUAAUCCGUGUAGUGAAAAUUGGUGGGUUUGUUUUGAUUACUGUUUGGGCUGUUGAACAAGAAGAUAGAUCAUUGCUUAAUAAGUGGACUCCAUUAACCAAUAAGUAUUUGGCUGAAUGGGUAGGUCCUGCUCCUAGUAGUCCUCGUGUUCGUAGGCCUUCGAUUACUUUAGAAAGUAUUCCUGAAACUCAAGAUCAUAGUAAUGAUGUUGAACUAACUGAAAGCAGCCAGCAAGAGUAUUUUGUUCCUUGGCAUUUACCUUAUCAUAGAGCUGAAGUUAGUGGAGCUUCUGCUUCUGCUGUGGAGAAUGGGUUGGCUAAAAAGGAUGAUAAAAAGGGUGCUGUGGUUUAUAAUCGAUAUUAUCAUGUCUUUGGCGAGGGCGAGCUUGAGAGGUUAGUAUGUGGUAUGAGUAAUGCUGAGGUUGUUGAUAAGUUUUAUGAUAAAUCUAAUUGGUGCAUUGUUCUGAAGAAAACCAAAUAGAAGCAUCUUGAGAUUGUUUAGUUUCGAUUUGAUUUGAUUCAUCAAUGCUUGCUGCAAUGACCAAGAACCAGGUUAGAAUGAUGAUAAUCAAUUUCAUUUUUAAGAAACAUUUGUGGUCUUUUUUUCUAAACUGUCCAAUGGUGUACAAUAUACAAUGUUUUUUUAUAAGGAUUUCCUGCAGAGCUGAAGACAUUGUGUAGACAUUGUUUUUAUUUAUUAGAAGUUUUCUUGAAAUACAGAACUUA